AUCAAAAUCAACAUGUGCAGAAUGAACGAAAAUCGUUUGUCCGACUACUCUAUUCUUUCAUGAUAUUGACUAUAUAUUUAUAUUUAUACAUUGACCGGUUUUAUCAAUAUUUGACAUCUGUAAAAUGAAAUGAUGUAACUUGUAAGCAUAUGUGUUGAUCUAUUUGUACAGUAUUUUCUUUAACAUUAAACCGUACUUUAUUGUCCAAUUUGUGUCAUUUUCAUGAUAAAGCAAUCGUCCAAUAUAACCUAUAAGAAAUGAGAUACAUGAAAUGUCACGUGGAAUGAUAUUUCUACUUUAAAUUAAAAAUUAAUUUUUUUAUCUAUUUUAAUCAUUAUUUUAUAUUAAUUAUAUUAAUAGUUGUAAUACAAAGUAUCAGUAAUUAAGGAUAAUUAGAAUGGCAAAAAAUAAAACACAGGAGAAGUUUGCAAAGCUAAAAAGUAAGGUCCCCAAUACUAAAAAAGAAAAUAAAUUUAAGAUGUCAAUAAUGAAUACUUCAGCUACAAUUUUAUGUAUCAGUAUAGCUGUUUGGUUUAGUUAUAAAGGAUACCUUGAAACUAGGGUAAAUACUCCAUAUGAUACAAAGAAGCUGGUAACAACUUCUGGGUUAGAUGCUCCAGAUAGAUAUUGGGGUACUUAUCGAUCAGGUGUUUAUUUUGGAUUAAAAACAAGAGAUCCACAUUCUUUAGUAACAGGAUUAAUGUGGUAUUUCCCACAUUUAUUGGGUCAGGAUGGUAGUGGCCUUAGACAUUGGUGUGAACAAGGUGAUAAAUUAGAUAGAUAUGCAUGGAUGGAACAUGAUGGAAGAACUUUUGGUGUUCAAGAAAUUGUAGACAAUUCAGCUAUUUUAAAUACUACAUUUGUUAAAAGAUCUGGUGGUAAACAUGGUGGUGAUUGGACUAAAAGGAUUGCUGUAACUUCUGAAAACCAAGUACGAAAUGGUGAAGAAAUUUCACUGCUCUUUUAUACUGCUAUUGAAGAGCAUACCAAUGGAUGGAUUAAAGUCAGUCUUGGUGAUGAAAAACGUCUAACAGGUGUAGAAGGAAAUACUCGAGGAUUGGGUUCAUUUACUAUAAAUCUCAAUGUAAUAGAGGGAACUUUGGAGGAGCAUUCAUUUUUAGCAACUGUAGUGCCUAGUUUCACUGUUCUGAAAGAAGCAGUCCUUCAAAAUCUUAGAGUAGCAUCUCAUAAAGGAUCUUCAAAAAAGCACAUAAUAUUAGCAGGUGAACAAGUACCAUUAUCAGCUGAUGGGCAGAAGAAAGAUGCAAACUUUAUUGUGACACAAAUAACUGGUAGAAUUCCUUUUGAGAUCGAAAUUAGUUAUGAGUCUGGUAGUUUCAUCAACAGAGUUGACAGAUUAAUUGGUGAAAACUAUGUGAAUGCUUUGAAAAAGCAGCGGAAACUAUUUGAUGAAAAAUUCGAAAAAAUAUUUAAAUUAAGAUCAAAAGGUUUCACAGAAGAUGAAAUUACAUUUGCCAAAAUGGCAUUAUCAAAUAUGAUGGGCUCCAUAGGGUAUUUCUAUGGAAGUUCACAAGUACAAAGUCAGUACACUAAAGGGCCUGUGCCUUACUGGAAAGCACCCUUGUACACUGCUGUACCUAGCAGAAGUUUCUUUCCCCGCGGCUUUUUAUGGGAUGAAGGUUUUCAUGGCUUGCUUAUAUCGGUGUGGGACCUAGAAAUUGAAUUAGAUAUUAUAAAUCAUUGGUUUGAUCUAAUGAAUGUAGAAGGUUGGAUUCCACGAGAAAUGAUUUUGGGUCAAGAAUCUCUGGCAAAAGUACCAGAUGAGUUUGUCACCCAAAUAAAUACAAAUGCAAAUCCACCUACAUUCUUUCUGACUUUAAAUUUCAUACUUAAACACAAAGGAGAGGAAAUAUUGGAAAAACAUUUUCAAUUCCUUGACAGUUUAUAUCCACGACUUCAAACAUGGUUCAAUUGGUUUAAUACCACACAAACAGGAGAUAUACCAAGUACAUAUAGAUGGCGAGGCAGGGACGGAACAACUAAUAAAGAAUUAAAUCCAAAGACACUCACUUCUGGAUUGGAUGAUUAUCCGAGAGCUUCUCAUCCAAAUGUCGAUGAAAGACACGUCGAUUUACGGUGUUGGAUUGCAUUUGCUGCCAAUGUUAUGUCUCAGAUUAGCGAAGUUUUAAAUCAACAUAAUAAUAAGUACAGGGAAACAUAUCAAUAUUUAUCUGAUAAUAAUUUAUUAAAUAAAUUACACUGGUCGCCAAAUACUCAAACUUACGCUGAUUUUGGGUUGCAUACGGAUAAGGUAGUUUUGCGGAAACCAACGUCGCCUCCAAGAUCACAUGCACAACCAUUAGAAACAAUACGAAUCGUUUUAGAAGAUCCUACAUUAAAAUACGUUGAUACAUCCUUCGGUUAUGUCUCCUUAUUUCCAUUUAUUUUACAAAUUAUUGAUCCUGAGUCUCCACAAUUAGGCAAAGUAUUACAAGAUUUAAAAAAUUCUGAUCUUUUAUGGACUAAAUAUGGUAUACGAUCUCUUGCAAAGAUAUCACCAUUUUAUAUGAAAUAUAAUACUGAACAUGAUGCUCCUUAUUGGCGAGGAGCUAUUUGGAUGAAUUUGAAUUACUUGACAGUAAGAGCAACACAUUAUUAUUCCACUGUUGAUGGGCCAUACCAGGAUAAAGCAAAACAAAUUUAUCAAAGCUUAAGACAAAAUUUAAUACAAAACGUUAUUAAACAGUAUAAAAAAUCUGGAUAUUUGUGGGAAAAUUAUGGCGAUGUUUAUGGAGAGGGCAAGGGCAGUCAUCCAUUUACUGGUUGGACAUCUUUAGUUGUACUACUUAUGGCAGAGAUAUAUUAAUUGUAAAAUCAUAUUAUGCAUAGUAUGACAUUCACAAGUAUAAACAAGUGGCUUAAACAUUUUUUAUAUUUUCAGAUAAAUAUAACAAUGUGAUAUUGUCAUUGAACUAUUACAAUUACUUAUAGAAAAGAAUAGCGCAAAUAUUGAUGAAAUAUAGACAUACAAGUUUUACAAUUAUACAAAAUAAUGGUAGCAUAAGAUGAUCAUUUGUAAUAAAUAUUAUAACCACAUGAUAUAAAUUAUUAUGAAAACUAUUUUAAUGAUGAUCUCCAGUAAUGUUAUCAAGUUAUAUAUUUUUAUGUUAAUUGUAGACUGCAUACCUGAAGAUGAUACAAAGACAUAUUUUUAGUCUAAAUCUAUAUUAUAUAUAGUUGCUAAUUUUUAUUAUUGCAGUUUUGUAAUAUUUUAAACACAGCUGUUGUUUCUUCAACAUUGAAAUAGUGAAUUGUGAAAUAAAAAGAAGCAGUCUAUAUUAUUUCAAUAUAAAAUCAUUAUAAGUAUGAAACAUUUUCAAAUCUUGGCUGUGAAUUGUUAACAAAAAUUAUGCUGUAAUGUUAAGUCGACUUGAAAUACAAACAUUAAAAAAUU